GACCAACAAACACACCAUAGGAGCUUUGUGGAUUCAAAGGAUUUGCUUUCGCUUCUGAAAGAGCCGCUAUUCUUUGAUGAUUGGGCAGCGGCAAACUUCAAAGCCAUAAAUCUUCCUCCUGACUGGCUGGCGGCCCAGCAAAGUCCUUAUCAAAUUCUUGGAGGUGAUCCUGGUGCAGUCAGACAGUCAGCGGAGAUCGCGCUGAGCCUGGGCUGGCCGAGACUAGCAGAAGUCGGCGAGGGGGAGAAGAAAUCGAGCGGAGGGCAAGGGAACCGGGCAGCUUUUCAGCUGCCUCUUGGCGACUUUAUGUCGCGGCAGUGGCCCUCCGGCCUCUUCUCCCUCCGGACGCGAUAACCAUGGCCACGGUGGCCGUCCUCCGGAACGACUCCCUGCAGGCGUUUCUUCAGGAUCGGACCCCCAGCGCCUCUCCCGACUUGGCCAAGCACUCACCUCUGGCUCUCCUGGCCGCCACCUGUAGCCGCAUCGGGCAGCCGAGCGCGCCGGUCGCUCCUUCGGAUUUCCUGCAGGUCUCCUACGAGUCAAGCUUGGGCUCUCCGUCCAGGAUCUUCCACCCGUGGAGCAGCGAAAUGCCAGCCCACUCCCCGGGCGGACUGCCUCCCCCGCCGCCGAGCCUCGGGCUCACUCCGCAGCCGGCUUUCGCGGCCGGCCACGAGCUGCCGCUGACGCCCCCCGCGGAUCCCUCGUACCCUUACGAAUUCUCGCCGGUCAAGAUGCUCCCGGCUUCCAUGGGCGCCCUCUCCUCCGCCUGCCCACCGCCGGCUUACGUGCCCUACGCCGCCCAGGCGGCCCUCCCGCCCGGUUACUCCAACCUGAUGCCCCCGCCCCCCGCCCCUCAGUCCUGCCGGCAGCUCUCGCCGGGGCCCGAGGACCUCCCUUGGUGGAGCAUCCAACAGGCGGCGCCGGGGCCGGGCACUUGCGCACAUCGCUUCGCCGGCGGGUUGCAGCGCGGGCUGGUUUUGGCGCCCUCGGAGCUGGCGCAGUACCAGUCGCAGCUGGCCGCCCUGCUGCACCCCAAAGCGCCCCUGGCGGCCACGGCCAGGAGGUGCCGCCGCUGCCGCUGCCCCAAUUGCCAGGUGGCGGCAGGCAACGGGCCCGACGCCGCCGCCGAGCCCGGGAAAAAGAAGCAGCACGUGUGCCACGUCCCCGGCUGCGGGAAGGUCUACGGCAAGACGUCGCACCUCAAGGCGCACCUGCGCUGGCACACGGGCGACCGGCCCUUCGUCUGCAACUGGCUCUUCUGCGGCAAGAGCUUCACGCGCUCCGACGAACUCCAGCGGCACCUGCGGACUCACACCGGCGAGAAGCGCUUCGGGUGCGCCGAGUGCGGCAAGCGCUUCAUGCGCAGCGACCACCUGGCCAAGCACGUCAAAACGCACCAGAACAAGAGGCUCAAGGCCGGCCUUGGCCUCGGCCUCGGCCUCCCUGGGGUCGACGGGCGCGCUUGCGCAAUCAAGCGAGAGGAGACGCGGGACUUGUGACCUGUUGCGGCCUGGGUUUGUGCUGAGGCUCUUCUGCGCUCCCCCUGCUUUCCUCAGCCGCCCCCUCGCAGGCUUCGGAGCGGGCCGCUUCUCUUUCCGAGAAAAAUUCCACUUCAGCCCCAAAAAGAGCUGAACAUUUCAGGAACAAGCGGGAGAGCUCCUUGCUUGGCGACCAUUAAAGAGGAGCUACAGCGCACACACGGAAAAUUUCCGAAGUCUGGCACCUUAGAGGCUUGCUUGUCAGAUAGAUUUCCUUUAAGAAGCAAUUGGAAAAUCCUUGGUCAAGAGACUUAAGAGAUUGAUGGUUUUCCUUGGAUUCCAAUCUCAGCCCUGGGGAACUAAACUGGCCCCCCUAGACCUCGUUUUUUUGUGAUUUGAAGGGCAGCCAUGAAACCCAUCUGUGGAUUUGGAAGUGCUCUGUGGAUCUGAGAUUAGCCUUCUGUGAAGAGGUUUUGUUUUUCCUUUGGAUCUCCCCCUUCCAGCUUUUUUGAACUCUAUAUUAAAGCUAUCCUGAGAUCUCAUUUUCCAUCCGGCUCCCCUAAAGGAUUAUGGCUUCAUUGGCAAUUGCUUGUGGCCAGAAGAUUGUGAUCCCACCUUCCACCACAUUUGGAAACAUCUGGCCAUAAUGGACUAGAAGGCUUUUUUUUUUAAAUAGAAGCAGCAACAUAAGCCUGGUUAUAGAGUGUCUUGGUAUAAUUUUUUGCCUUGUGUUUAGGUGGGGAGAGAGAGAUAAGCCCUUUGUAUACAGUUUAUUUAAAGCUUAGAAUAAAAUCAUUCCCCCUUCCCUCCCCUCUUAUUUUUAUACUUGACUUCCUACACCACGAGAAGUUUGAAGUGACCCACAGUGCAUCAGCAUGCUAAAAUAAAUGCAUCAGCCCUGGGGUCAUAUUGGGAAGAUCCCACUGAGCUGAUUUCAUCUGGUUGUUUAUUUCUUCUGAAACUUUUUGAACAUAUACCAUUAACUCAUUUUAAGUGUUUGUUUCACGUCAACAAAUGCCCCAUUUAGAUGGAGAGCACCAUAGUAUGAGGUCCAACCUGCAGCUCAUAUUAUUAAAACUCAGCAUUGUAAAGAUCACCUAUAUUUUCCUUGUGGAAUAUGUUGUAAUGGUAUAAAAUGUGUGACUUUUUAAUUGCUUUAGCUAUUAUUUUUUAAAACAAUUGCUGAUCAGAGUUGUAACAUUCAAACAUUACAAGGAAACAAUAAUGUGUAUACCCGGUUUGCACCCCAGCUGAAAACUGCAAACUACAAGGAGCUUGAUCCAAAAUGAGAAACAGAAAUCAACUACUGUAUAAUUAUAUUGAAGGAAUUUAUCUUUAGUGGUGUUAAAAUCAGCAAGGCUUAUUUCUGUGUAAUAAGAACCACCAGCCAAAGUUAAAAUAUUUUUUUUGUUUAACUUCCAUUGUCUUCAUUGGGUUAGGAGUUGCAAGAUCAUGCUUAAUGUCGAAAAAGCAGCAUACAGUAUGACUUUUAAGGAGAAAUAUAUGGCAGCAUAUGGUUUGUCAGAUUUUUUGCGGUUUUUGUUCAGUCUUCUCCACUGCAAAAAUUGUUUCACAUUUUAGAAGAUUUCAAGUUGAAAAUCAAGUUUGAAGUUUCUUUUUAAUUUCCAGAUGUCAGAAUAAGGCUGCAAUUUUGUACCAUGUGCGCAUAACUUGGGAGUGACAUCUUUUAAAUGCUCCUAAGGCACAUAGAAAAUAUCCAACUUUUUCUGAGCCACAGAUUUUAUUUCUAUAUUAUAUAAACAUUUAUCAAAGCAGUGACAGCCCCUAAGUGUUCAUCUUGUAAAGCCUGUAAACUUUCAGAUCUCAACCUUGUAAAUUUGUAAUAUAAAUAUAAUAAAAAAAGGAAAAUUCCAUAUUCUUUGAAAAAUAAUUUGUCAACUACAUCUU